AUGAUGCUCAGUCCAGAGCAGGUCGAUUCGGACCAACCAUCAGCGCAGUCGGAGUCGGACUCGGCAGUCAGCGAGAUCAAAGGGGGCAGCGUGUCUGAAGCAGAGGGAGGAGGUCGUAGGACUCCAUGUCUCCCUCUUCAAUUAAGCCGUGAGGAGAAACGGAGGAGAAGACGAGCCACAGCAAAGUAUCGCUCAGCGCAUGCAACUCGAGAGCGCAUCCGCGUGGAAGCCUUCAACGUGGCGUUCGCUGAGCUUCGGCGACUUCUGCCGACCCUGCCCCCCGACAAGAAGCUGUCAAAGAUUGAGAUCCUGCGUUUGGCCAUCUGCUACAUCUCCUACCUCAACCACGUGCUGGACGUCUAG